AUGCCCCUUUUCAGGGAGGGCAACCUGACCAUCAAAAUCCUACGACUGCUAAAGGUUGGCACUCGUAAUGAGUUCGGUGUCGCGUUGGUGCAACAACUUCAGCAGGAAGUGUCCGACGGAAAAGUCGAGAACGACAGACUGCAUAAUGCCAACCGAGCCCAGCAGGAACAUUUCGCGACUAAAUAUGGACUGCUGGAGAAGGAGAACGCAUCCUACUGCAAAGACCUCCAAGAAUACAUGGAAAUGGUCACAAGGCAAGCUGAGACUAUCACGGAGGAAGCUGCUGUGAUCCAAAAGCUGAAGGCGAAGAUCAGAAAGCUCCAGAUAAACCUGUCCGAUGAUUCUGAGACUGAUGAUAUGGAUGAGGUGGUUAGACCUGGUAACAGCAGCGUGCAGGACCCUUCGAGGUCAUAA